AUGUCGGUGACACUACACACGACGCUCGGCGACCUCAAGAUCGAAGUUUGCUGCGACACUGCCCCUCGUACAGCCGAAAAUUUCUUGGCUCUCUGUGCAAGCGGAGCGUACGAUGGCACGACAUUUCACCGUAAUAUGAAGGGCUUUAUGAUACAAGGAGGAGACCCAACUGGGACAGGCAAAGGCGGCCAAAGCAUUUGGGGUGGGGCUUUGGAUGAUGAAUUUCACCCGCAAAACCGACACAACUGUCGAGGCAUUGUCUCAAUGGCCAACAGCGGGCCCAAUACGAACAAACAGCAGUUCUUCAUCACGUACGCUAAGCAGGCCCAUCUCAACAAUGUCUACUCCAUCUUUGGCAAGGUCAUCGACGGGAUGGAUACGCUGGACGCCAUGGAAAAAGCUCCUGUAGACGCCAAGAAUCGUCCGCUCAAAGAGAUCGUGAUCAAGUCCGUUACCAUGCACGCGAACCCAAUCACCGACAUGUAA